AUGGGGUACAGCGACGAAGAAUAUGAAGCCAUAGAUGAAUUUGGUCCCUUCCCUACGGCUAUUACUAGUAGCUACGAGCAACAGAUUCAGUCGAGCAUGCCCCCACAGGGCACCAACGACAUCCACAACAGUAUCAUCAGAGGCAACAACCAUCAUCAUCAUCAUCAUCAUCAACACCAUGUCAUUGAUAAUAACAACAACGCCAUUGAUGAAGGGGCAUCAUCAGCGGGGGAAGGUAUGGCCAUGGUGAUGAAGUACGGGAGCAGCAACGAAAGCGGCCAACUGCUGGCCAGGGAACUUCUAGCACGGGAAUUGCAAGCUCGGGAACUCCUCGCUCGGGAAAUGGGGUCUCAAAAUGAACUUUCGCAAGAUCGAAACAUGCUGAGGAAGAGAGGGUCCAAGUCACGGAAGUCGAGUAUGGCUGGAAAUCGGUCGUACAGUCAACACAAUCACAACAACAGCAACAAUAACAAUAUCCUGGAAACUAGCAGCACGUCGCUCGAUGGGGGAGGCUCCACCGUCUCUCGAAGUCGAUGGGAACCAGAUCCAUCUGAAAACUUUCAACACGAAAGCGCCAGUCUUCCAGCAGAGUUCCUGUACUUCAAGUUUGAGCAAAUUGUGGAGAGAUGGGUUAAUCAAAAAGCCGAUUCCAUCAUGUCCCUAGAACGACGGCGACCGAAAUUGAUGAACAGGCCUCCAAGAACCAUCACGACAAUCGCCAAUGCAAUCAUCCCAGACAACCUUGGAAUACCGCGCUUCAUGCAGAGUGCUAACAUGUCCAUAACGAGAAGUAUACACGUAGAGAUUGAUGAAACCACUUUUGCUUCAACGCCAACCAUGGAGACGCAAUCGGUUACGACUACGGCCAAGCAAAGAGCGCAAAAGUUAAAUCAAGGCAAGCCCAUGACUAUCAAGACCAAGUUUCCGCCAAACCGUAACACGCCCGUACGGAACAACAAUAACAAGCCUUCCACCGCUCCUGUAAUGAAGAAAAAACCAAUCACCACCACAGGACCACCCCGCAACAGUAGAUCCACUCCAGUCAAGGCAGGUGGCGCUAUUCCUGCAAAUAAUAAUCGAAAGAACAAUACAGUAGGGAACAGCAGCACGCCGCUCAAACGGAACGGUCCUCAGACACGGACGGCUUUAAACACACCCAACAGAACGCCACAGCAACGACAACAACAGCAGCAACGCUCGUCGCCACAAGUUGCCAACAGAAAGGCAGCAAACAACAACAUUCGAAGCCGCCCAUCUCCCUUGCACAAAAUGACAGAGUCGCAGCUUCGAAAACAGAGACAAACAAUCCCACCAAACAGGAAUACCAAGCCCCCUGUCCGUACCACCAGAUCCACUUUGAAAGCAUCUCAGGAAAAGUCCAAGACUUCUAUCACGUCCAACACGAAGACAAAGAAAAUGGCUGCAACGAGUCCAGAAACUAGGUCUCCCCACGAUACGACAGAAGUAGGUGAUGAAGAUCAUUACCUGAGGCGGGAUCAGCCUAGCCAUGAUGACGGAAUCCUUUCGCCAAGAAGCAGACUGCAGGUGGCCUCAGACACGUCACCUUCCAAACCAGACCCUGAAGGACCAACGCCAUCGACGCGGCCUGAUCCUGAAGGAGACACAUUGUCACAGCAAAGAAAACGUGUGAUGAGAAGUCCCUCCCCCGCGAGUAGGACUAUGUCUGCUUCAGGUAGGAGUGCUUCGGCCCCAUUAAGGAGGCCCUCCCCCAUCCCAAGAAGCCCGUCUCCGCAUCUUCGAAGCGCUUCCCCACAACCAAGAGUUGCUGCGCACCUUCGCAGUUCCUCUCCACAACCAAGGGUUGCUGCACAUCUUCGAACGCCCUCUCCUCAGCCGAAACCAACCGAGUCCUCUCCGGGGGAACUCGAAAGUCCGGUUCCGCAACAGGGAGAGUCCGACUUUCAAGGUUCCCCUCAAGUACCGCAAUCAGGUUCGUCGAAACAAAUGCCAGAGAAGGAUUCCAAUCGAAGGAACCAGCCCGCGACACCAAGGAUUCCGCCCAACAGGAAAGCACUACCUCGUGUAGCACAGACACGACAACCAGGAUCGCCUGCUCGAGCCUCCCCUGCACGAGCCUCCCCUGCAACGAGGAAACCUCAGGCUGGCAGGGCUACAACAAAUAGCAAACGGAACAGUAUAACCACAGGAGACAACAACUCAUCGCCGGAGAGAGUAAGAUCCCCCUCAAGGAAACCGCCCGUGCCAUCAUUCGCAACACCCACACGGACUGGUGCUUCCGGCAACACGCGAACGAAAGCAAGAAAUUCAACGACCGCCAGACCAGAUCAACGCAACAAGGCUUCACCACGCAAGUCCUUCACCCGAACGCCGUCGCCUCCUGAACCUCCCAAACCAACGACUAGGCGAAGAAAGAGUCGUCUGCCUCCGCUCCCCUCCUUCCGAAACAAUGGCGCCAAAACCACAGAGUCUCCUCAGCGUCCUGCUUCUCCACCAAAGAAGGCACCAUCUCCAUCAAAGGCGCCUCCGUCUCCAUCUCCUAAAAAGAAAUCCCAAGACCAAGCAGCUGCAUCAUCACCACUAAGCUCAACAAAGUCAACAUCGCCUCGGGGCGCUGCGAGGCGGCCAUCAUCAUUCAUGGCACCAACAGCGGCUUCCUUGGCGUCGCCAAAGGAUCCUCCAAAGAGAAAACCAAAGAGUCCUACUGGAAGAACCACGGGAAUAACGCCUCGAUAUUUAGCGUCGACAUCCAAUUCGACUGGAAAACAAGACCCUCCGUCACCUCGGUCCCAAGGACGACAACAGCGACGUAUCAGUCGCAUGCAAAAUCGAUCUGCAAUCCUGCUGCAGUCGUAUUGGCGCAUGCUACCUGAUCGACGUAGAUUCCUUCGACUCCGGUCUGCCGUGGUGUCACUCCAAUCGUUGCUCCGGCGUCGACUUCAAGUCAGAGCAUUCAAGCAGGCGAUCAAGGGCACGCGGCUGCAGAACUUUUCGUGUCUUGUGAUUCAGAGAAAUUUUCGAAUGGCAAGCUGUCAGUCGUCUUACAUUCAGUUGCGCGACACUGUUAUCAUUGUGCAAUCGGCCGUUCGAAUGUUCUCGUGCCGGUCGGCCUACCGCGAACUUCAAAGUGCUUCACAAAAGCUACUGGGACGAAGCUCCCUUCGAUCACCGCCAUCAACACCAGUGGCUACUAGUAGUGCCACGAUGAAUGUUGCUCGAGCUACAGUGAAGGGUGGACGGUUGAGGAUAUACUCGGCGCUUCUGAUUCAGAGUCUGGUCAGAAUGCGUUGGGUCCGAGUCGCAUUCUUGGAAUUGAGAAUAUCGGCAAUAGCGUUGCAAAGGUGGUACAGGAAGAUGACAGCGAUCCGCGAUGCCCGAAUGCGCGCCGCUCUAGCUGCAGCCAUCAUGGUGCAACGUUGGUCCCGAAUGCUCUCCAUGAGAAAGUGCUUUCUGGAUCUACGAAAAUCAGUCGUUUUGUUGCAAUCAUGCACGCGAAUGGCGUUGGCUCGAAAAAGUUAUCUCGAGAUCAAACAAGAUCUUCUGGAGCAAGGUGCAGCUGUCAUGAUUCAAAACUUAUACCGAAGAAAUACAUGUCAGCUAGCCUACUAUCAGCUGCAAACCUCGGCACACCUGAUACAACGAUGGAUACGCGCAAACAUUGCGAGAAUCGUUUAUGGUCGGUCUCUGAGGGCGGUUUUAGUGUUGCAGUGUUGGGCGAGACGGACAAACAGUGAACGAUUUGUUCGUGCAGGUCUCCGGAUUCAACGGGCGGCAAUAGUUUUGCAGUGUUGGGCGAGACAAAAAAGCAGCGAACGUUUCGUCCUACACACGAUUUGUGCCAAGUUGAUUCAAGCUUGUUUUCGGGGUUUCAAUGACUACCAGAAAUAUGUGAAGCAACGCAUUUGCGCGACUAUGAUUCAAGCGUCUGUCAGAGGCACGAUCGCUCAAGUAAGAUACAUUCUGCUGCGAUUUGCUGCCAUUGAUGUGCAAAAGAGAGUUCGAAGUCAUAGAAGUCGGGCGAGGGUCGCGAAACUGCAAAUGGAACAUUUGAUCGCGACCACACAACGGGCUCUAUCGAUUAGGAUACCACUGGAUCCAAGCACCGACGACGAUGAGCCUGUGUUUAGUCCUGGGGGGAUUGUACGCAAAGAUUCGCACCUAGAGCUUCGAAGACUAAUUGAGCAUAACCAGGACCAGUGCCAUGGCCCCGACCCAGACGAGAUUAGAUCUGACCUCCAGAAUCUCAAAAGGCACCCGGAUCCAGACCCGGGUCACUCGCAGACACCAACAUUUGAAGGUGCUCUUGUUCCAGCUAAUGGCACUCUAGACCUCCAAAAACACCCAGAUCCAAUCGAAAGUCAUCAUGGUUUUGAGGUUCGCUUCGAUGAUUCGCCUUCGCCUCAAAGCACAAGUACGCCCAGUGAAAGCGGAGCAACCGUUAUGCCAAAUGACACACCGACGGAAUCGGAUGAUGAAAGUCAGGGUCCCAGUGUUACCAGCACCCUGUCCUCCAAUCAUAAAUCUGACGAAAUCUUUGAAACGCCCACCAUAGUGACGGAUCACUUAUCUUCUCAGCUAUUGUCGAAGCCAAAUGCCCGAAGUGCUCAGCCAGAGAAAAAUGCUGAUCACGACGACGACGAUGAGAGUUCUCGAUCAACAGAUGGGGUACAGCAUCUCCAACGAUACGAUGAUGUCGUCUCAGCGGCGUUGGCCUUUGUAUCGCAGAGUCCUUCGAAUGCAUCGCGCAAGAACAAAGCCACAGCUCUAUCGUCGCCGAGGAAUUCCACAAAGGAUCCCGCUACCAGACAUGACGAUGACCUGGAACUUGAUGGAGCACAGCCGGAUCAACCAACACCGAGUGGUCCCCUUCAAGAGCAGUCGCUAGAGAACAAUCGAAAGCGCCAGCCUCUCCCCGAACAUCACAGGAGAAAUCAUCAUUUGAGGCUGAACUACAGAAGCAAAGGGUCAGAACAACAAGGCGCGCUGCUGGAGCCAAAUGGGGAUAACAUGAGUCGGCAGCCGCCAACUAGGCCAGAAAGUCCGUCCCAACAACAAGAAACACUUACACCGGCAUCGGCAACUGCACCAGUGCCAGCACCAGAGCACGAAGAAGAGCCUGAGUUUCCUGUCUAUACCGGUCCAAAUCCAAAGACUGGACUAUUACCAGGAUCAAGGGACCUCUCCUCUAUAUCAGCUCCGAAUUUCUCAUACAUAGGCUUGCAGACCAAUGCAAAUGCUAGGUACAUGCCGCCACCGCCUGUUGCCAGUACAAGUCCGACCUACAGACUAUCGCGACGAUCGCAAGACUUGUCGUCGCUAACAGGCGCUGAAUUCUCACAAGGUAGGGUUGGAUUGCAGACCAAUUACGUCGCACCACCUCCCGUUGGACGUCAUCAGGGCCAUUCACCUUCGUUCAAAGGGUCACCGGUGCCGCCAUAUCAAGGUAGAGGAGCUACCUUGCCAGCGCCUCAAGGACUCCCAAAUACUCUGGUACCCGCUCCCCCCGAGAUGAUAUCGAGGCUAUCGCCAAUUGAGACGUCGCCGUCGCAGCAGCCUCUAUUCUUCAUUUCCAAUGGAUCGGGGGAAGGACCAACUGGAUCCCCUCAGCUGUACGCGUUGCAGCCCGUCACUGAUAUCCCGCUGCACCAUCAGUCCCAAAAUCUUCACCUUCACUAUCAACAAGGCGCUCAACAGCAGCCACGCCUUCGGCCUCGUACCCAAGAGCCCCCAAAGACUGAUUUCGAUUCCGGGAAUGACUGGUCAACAAAGAAGGGACGGAAAAUUUCCAUCCUAGAGACACUCAAGAGAGAGAGGAAGCGAAAGUCAGCACCAAAACAUGAUUCGAGGUUCUUUCCAAACAAAUAUCCGUCGAUUCCAUCCAUUACAGACAAUCCGAGCUUUUACAUGCCCAAGAAAGAUCUGAACUCGCAGGGAACCAAAGAGAAUGACCCGGAUGAAGAGGAAAACUUGACACUAAUACCAUCGCGACAGCAAUCCAUUUCCAGGCAUGCCAACAGCUAUGAAAAUCAAACAAGAGAUCUAGGUGGGUCAAGCAAUCUCAUUUCUCCAAGUAGCAACCCCUUGAAGCAAAUGGUUCAAAACAAGAAUAGUGAGAUUAUGUAUUCCAGGAUGAGUCCAACGAGAGACGAAGACAAACACCAGAAGACCUAUGUCGAAGGAACCGGCUCAACUUCAACUGGCAGCCCCUUGAAGCAGAUGAUUCACAACAAGCACAGUGAUACAAUGCACCCCAGGAUGAAUCCAACGAGAGACGAAGAGAGGACUCAAAAGAUCAACAUUGAUGGAUCCAGCAAUGUUGCCCCAGUGCCAAGUGGAAAUCCCCUGAAACAGGUGGUUGUUCAGAACAGGAAUCUCGACAUCAUGUUUCCUAGAGUGAAGAAGGAAAACGAUUCCUCGGAUCGGGCCAUCUUCGACAAAUUGGCAGCGAUUAAACAAAAAUCAAGAGCGCGGAAAGUACAGAAGUGGACACAACGUACUCAGAAGCGAAACAAACCACCUCUGCCCCCCGUCACACCACCCAGUAGAGAGAAGGAAGGACAUGCAGCUGCAAGGGCAAGAGACACAGAAACAAAGCGAGAUUUUCUUAACGUUGCCGUCCAGCAGUGGGCGAAACAAACAAUUCAACGGCGCAAGCUAUUAUCCGUUUUUACCACCGGAAUCGAUGGCGACUUCGCGACACAAAUUCAGAGUGCUUGGAGGACCCACCGAGAUCAAAUAGUUCUGGCAGGGUUAUUACUGCAAACAUGGAGUGUUUCAUGCGAUUUCGCUCCCGAAACGAUUUCGACCGACCGAAUUGCGAGACAGACUGCGCAUAUUCUUGCUUUAGACGCGGCAUUCUGCAACGUUGGGUACCACUGGCAUGAGGGUCUCGUUCUUGUGAAGAAUGGCUUGGUCAUGGUACAAUGGAAAGGGCUCGUUCCGAUAAACUUUUCUGACCAUGAAUUUCCAGCGGAUGAUACUUACUGUAACGUCUCUGUCCAUUGCACCGCCAAUGAAAACUAUAUUCUGGACACGUGGAGCGAAGCGAAGAAGAAAUCUCUUCUUGUCAAGGCCUCAAUCGAAAAGUACUGCGACGAUCAGCGUCAGAAGCUACGGCGCUCUUCCAUGUUUGAAAGAUCUCUAUCCAGACGACGGGCGGAAAAUGAGUCCGAACAUCAGCCUGAACACGAGCCUGUACGUGAGCCUUCAAAUAAAGCCGAGCCUGAAUAUGAAGCUGAACGCGAAUAUGGGGAGCCCCAAUAUGAGGCUCCUGAACGUGAGCCCGAAUAUGAAGCUGAACGCGAAUAUGGGGAGCCCCAAUAUGAGGCUGAACGUGAGCCCGAAUAUGAGCCUGCACAUCAGCCCGCACAGCAUUAUGAGCCCGAACAUGAGAGGCCUGAACAUGUGCACGAACAUGAGCCCGAUUAUGACACUGAACAUGAGCACGAACAUGAGCCUGCGCAUGAGCACGAACACGAACAUGAACACGAGCCCGAAUAUGAGCCCCAGCCAGGGCCAGUUCCCAAUGAACUCAAUCAGAGGCCACGCAAUUACUUCCGCGAAGAGAUCAGUCGUCGCUAUCGUGCUGCAACUCUCAUCCAGAGCGCUGUUCGCGACUACCUUGGUCGUCGUGAGAUUGAGGAUGGCCCGUUUCUAGGUGUCCCCAAUGAUUUUCACGAGAGAAUGCGAGUGUACUCGGCUGUUUUGAUUCAAUCAUGGUAUCGUAUGUGUGUUUGCAGGUCCAUGUAUCAAGGGCUCAGAAGGAUCCAGUCGACAAUAUUGUUGCGAAUUGAGAGAGAUGAUAUCGAAACUAUCAGGUUCCAUAGAUUCACAGAAAAGCACAGAUGCGAGACCAUCAUCGAAGAAGGUUUUGAGUGUACUACCAAUGGGAGCAAUGAUGAGAGCGCUGUAUGA